UCAAAAUGAAAAUCUAAAAAUAAAUUAUUCCCAAAUUUUAAGUAAGAAAGCUCAGUAAUCCCCAAAAUUUCCCAGCCCCAACCCCUUAAUUCGGCCAUGGACUAUGAAUUCCUGACUCCUCCGCCUGAAGAGCGAAUAAUUCGCACUAACAACCUCACCGAAGAACAGCUCAAGGAUCUGGAGAUGGCAUUUGCCCUGUUCGACGUCGAUGACCAUAAGGUCAUAUCCAUAAAGCAUCUCGGACAGCUUAUGCAGACAGUAGCCCAAUAUCCCACUGAUACCGAGCUGCAAGACAUAUAUACAGAAAUCGAUUCAGAUGGUUCGGGGGAAUUAUAUCUCAGUGAUUUUCUGUAUAUAAUGUCAAAAAGAUAUGAGAACAUGACGAAGGAGGAUGAGAUCAUCGCUGCUUUUAGGGUAUUCGACCAAGAGGGAACUGGUGUUAUAUCCGAAUCGGAAUUCCGUCACAUUAUGAAGAACAUGGGUGAGCAGAUGACAGACGAAGAGGUGGAGGAGAUCAUCCGGGAUGCUGACUCCGAUAAUGAGGGAAACAUAGACUAUGUUCGAUUUGUCAACAUGAUGUCCACCUUAUGA